GGGCCCACAACAACUACUUGGUUCCUCCUCAGCCACACAAGUACCAAACAGACCCCACUCUAGCUGUUACAUAUUAAUACGUAACUAUUCAAGAUCUAACACUAAAGAUCCUUUAUCUUCUCAUUCACACACUCACUAUAUUUUGCAUGGUCCAAAACAUACAUCUUUGUUCUAUAUCCUAAUCUUUUUUAUCCAUUCAUCUAUACUUUUGACUUUCUUUGGCUUGAGAAACCAAAAGGGUUUGGAAUAUUAUACAAGAAAAUAUAGGUGUUUAAAUUAUUGGAAGAGAAGAAGAUUUUUGUUAAGGCUAAGAUGAAAAUACAGUGUGAUGUGUGUGAAAAAGCACCUGCUACGGUGAUUUGUUGUGCUGAUGAAGCUGCUUUGUGUGCUAAAUGUGAUGUUGAAGUUCAUGCUGCUAAUAAGCUUGCUAGCAAACAUCAAAGGCUUCUUCUUCAAUGUCUUUCUAACAAGCUUCCUAAAUGUGAUAUCUGCCAAGAUAAGCCAGCUUUCAUAUUUUGUGUUGAAGACAGAGCACUGUUCUGCAAGGACUGCGAUGAACCAAUUCAUGUAGCUGGUAGUCUUUCUGGAAACCACCAGCGCUUCCUUGCUACCGGUAUCCGUGUGGCUUUGGCUUCUAGUUGCACCAAAGACAACGAGAAAAGCCAAGUUGAACCAUCUAAUCCAGACACACAACAAGUUCCCGUCAAAGUUUCUCCUCCUCAGCAAGUGCCUAGUUUUGCAUCCCCUUGGGCUGUUGAUGAUUUCUUGGAAUUAACCGGCUUUGAUUCACCUGACAAGAAGCAAUCCAUGGAGUUUGGAGAGCUUGAAUGGCUAUCAGAUGCAGGUCUUUUCAAUGACCAGUUUCCUCAGGAAGGUUUAGCUGCAGCUGAAGUUCCUCAACUUCCGGUAAUGCAUGCUAGCAGUGUUUAUCCUUACAAAGCCUCUAAAUCUUAUAUGUCUUACAAAAAGCCUAGGAUUGAAGUCCGACAUGAAGACGAUGAUGAUGAGCACUUCAUGGUGCCAGAUCUCGGCUAAUGCAGAUGACCAUCUCGCCUGUCCCGAUCCAUGAAUCUGUAGAUGGAUGAGUUAUAUGCAGACUUCUCUAAAGAUACUAUAAGUAUUGAAAGUAUGUUAACUAGCUGUGUGUAGUAUCACAUUUUAGGAGCUUCGAGUCAAUUCGAAGUUCAGAAAAGCAUAGAAUUAUGCCUUAAAGGUAUUCAAUUUUGCAUGACAUUUGUGAUCAUUGUUUACGAUCUAGAGGUGCUCACAGGGUCCAUGCAAAAUUGGGUAGUUUAUGUUGUGUAUGGUACUAUGGUUGUUAUCUUGAAGACCAUUUGGUAUAAUUGUUACACUGAGGGUUAUGUUGUGAUUUGAGAACUUACGAGAAAUUGAUCGAUUAACUUGAUCCAUUCUUAAGGAACAUAGAGCAAAACUGCUAUCAAUAAAAAUGACAUUUUUGAGUAAAAAAA